CGGGAGCGGCGGGUGGGGGCGGAGCUCACCUCUGCUGAGGUCAGCGCCGGGGUCCGCGAUUUCCCGGGCUGGGCCGAGGCGGCGCGGGGCAUGUGGCGUUGGAGCCGGGCCUGGAGGGGCCUCUGGGGGGUGGCCUGCAAGCCCCCGCUGCCUUCCCGGGGGCCCGGCCUCCGUGGGGCCCCGGCCGCGCACGGGAGCAGCGGCCCCAGGCCGGUGCCCCUCUCCUACAAGCUGCUGGACUCCGAGGACAGCCGCCCGCCCCUGGUCUUCCUGCAUGGGUUGUUUGGCAGCAAAACUAAUUUCCAGACCAUCGGCAAGACCCUUCAGCAGCAAACGGGCAGGAAGGUGCUGAUGGUGGAUGCCCGGAACCAUGGAGAGAGCCCACACAGCCCUGAUUCCAGCUAUGAGGCCAUGAGUGCCGAUGUGGAGGCCCUCCUGCCCCAUCUUGGCCUGGCCCCCUGCGUCCUCAUCGGACACAGCAUGGGGGGCAAGACAGCCAUGAUACUGGCUCUGCAGAGGCCAGAGCUGGUGGAACGCCUGAUCUCAGUGGACAUCAGCCCAUUGCCGACCACAGCUGUCUCAGACUUCUCUUCCUACUUGGUAGCCAUGAAGUCAGUACAGAUCCCCGAGGAGCUGUCCCUCUCUCAAGCACGAAAAGUAGCAGACCAGCAGCUCAGUCCUCUCAUCAAGGACUCCACUAUACGGCAGUUCCUCCUCACCAAUCUGGUGAAAGCCAGCAGCGGGCAGUUCAAGUGGAGGGUCAACGUUGAAGCCCUAAUCCACCAGAUGGACAAGAUCUUCGACUUCCCUCAGCUCCAGAAAUCCUACCCUGGUCCCACACUCUUCCUCAGAGGUGCCAAGUCUAAAUUCAUCCAGCCUGAUCAUUUCUCGGAGAUCAAGCGUCUGUUCCCUCAAGCUCAGAUCCUGUCUGUUGCAGGGGCUGGCCACUGGAUCCAUGCCGACCAGCCCCAAGACUUCAUGACCAGUGUUAAACACUUCCUGGCCUAGCAGUUGGUUGUCCCCCAUCUCCACUAACUCAAGCACUCCCAGCACUCUGGGGACCAAGGAGCCCCUCCUACUGGUGAAGGAAGCUCAGCACCCUGACUCCUGUCCACUUCAUCGUGGGCACCACAACCAGUGUUUCAGACUUUAACCAAUAAAGCUGUUCUCAGCCUUCUCA